AUGGCAAAUCCUGUAAAUACAGUAGACACCUUAAAUAAUCUUGAUGGUAAAUUGCUUGAUUUAUUGAAUAAAGCUUAUAUCCUGGUAGGAACAUCGAACGAAGAAAAUCGAGCUGAUGAAAUUAGCACAAUUACCGCCGAGUCAGCUAUACAAAAGGAGCUCUCUGAUACAAGCGUAAGAGAAAAAUUUGUAGAAAAAUGUUUAGAAAUUUUGGGAUCUUUAGAAACGACAUUGAUUAACAUUAUUGAUCUUAAAGCCGAUGAGCCUGAAUUAUUGGGUAUAAAAGAUAUGAGUCUUAUCCAUACGAUGCUCGAGAUAGUGAUUAGUUGGGGAAUAUAUCCUUGUCUUAUGUCUGGUGUUGGUAUCCCGAUUUCACGAAGAACCCGCUCAAGACAAUUUCAGCAUGCUGAAAAAAAAUUACCACCACAAUCACGUUAUAUUUAUUUAUUUAAGUUAAUGCAAUCAUUGAUGAAGAUUACAUAUUCAUCGUCAUUAAAACUGACAAUGUUUACAACCGUAUCUUCUAUAAUACGUGCAAGACAUCUAACGGAUUUUUAUUCUGCUUUAUUACAAUUGGCUUACGGGCCAUUGCCAACAAAUGAUAAAUUGGAUGUGCACAGUGAGAAUAAGUUAGUUACAUCUAGUCAACAUGCGAAAGCCUUAACUAUGCUUUUAGGGUCACCUCUUCAUCCAGCACCUAAAUGGCUCAAAAAUGUUUGUGGCAGAUUUUUGACCAAAAUUUUACUACGACCAAAUGGAGUGAGAGAUGUUAUGAAUUUUAUGAUUGACGGAGAAAGUGAAGGUUUGAUUCAUAUAAUUAUCAUAUUUACGUUAAAAAUGCUUAUAGAUGUUCUUCAUACUGAAUUACAUCGUUGUCAGUUGGGUUGUCACA